UCUUCACUUUUCCUCUUCAACGUAAACAUCAGAAGAAAAAAAACAAUUCUCUACCUUUCUUUUUCUGAAGGGAAGAAAAUUUGAGAGCCCGUUUUUUUCAAAUUUAUUUGUAUUCAUCCUUGUUCUUUUUUCUUUCCAAGCCCCAAUUUUUCUGGUUUAUUGAUUUAACUGCUGUGGUAAUUUUAUUAAUCAAUUUAGGAAUUUCAGUGUUUAAUACGAAGGGAAGCCUUGUAGCAACGGUAAAGUUGUCUCCGUGUGACCUAUAGGUCAAGAAUUCGAGCUGUGGAAUAAGCCACUGAUGCUCAGGGUAGGCUGUGUACAUUACAUCCCGGUGCGGCCCUUCCCCGGAUCCUAUGUGAAAGCGGGUUACUUUGUGCACCAGGCUGCCUUUCUUAAUGUUUGAUAUAAACGUAUCGGAAAAAUGCUGCCUCCACGCCAACAACCACGGCCUGGUGGACUUCAGACAUCUUUAUCCUUGGUCUCUCCUGAUGCUUGCGGUUCUCCUAAUCCUCAAGAACGUGGCUCGACCUCUGAUCAGGCUCGUGAUUCACCAUCUGAAAGUGCCAGUUCACGUGAAACUUGGCCAACAUCUGACGCUUUGAUGGCGAAAAAGCUGGAGAAGGAGAAAGAGAAUGGCUACGCUGAGCACUCUGUUGUCCGCAAUAUUUCAAACUCCGACAAAAUGUCCCUUCGUGACAUUGCCCGAGAAAGAGUUGACGUUAUAGCUGAAAGGAUGCGAAAUCUCCCAGAUGAGUAUCUAGAGAAGUUCAAACAUGAACUUCGGGUCAUUCUUGAAGGAUUAGGUGGUUCUCAGCACAGAGAGGAGUUUCUAUUCCUUCAAAGGCUAGUGAAUAGUAGGGGUGAUUUGACGGAUGGAACCCUGAUUAUUACACACCGCACCCAGCUAGAAAUUCUAGUUGCCAUCAAGACUGGAAUUCAGGCAUUCUUGCAUCCUAGUGUUAGUCUCUCUCAAGCUUCGCUCAUUGACAUUUUCUUGUAUAAGAGGUGCAGAAACAUAGCAUGUGGUAGUGUGCUUCCGGCAGAGGAAUGUAGCUGCAAAAUUUGUGCGAAGAAAAAUGGUUUCUGCAACCUUUGCAUGUGUGUGAUCUGUAACAAGUUUGAUUUUGAGGUGAACACUUGCAGAUGGAUCGGUUGUGAUCUCUGUUCUCAUUGGACACACACGGAUUGUGCCAUUAGCAAUGGACAAAUUGGAACAGGCCCGUCUGUUAAGAAUGGAGCUAGCUCAGCUGAGACGCUCUUCAGAUGCCAUGCUUGCAGUAGGACAUCUGAGUUGUUAGGUUGGGUUAAAGAUGUGUUCCAACACUGUGCCCCAAGUUGGGAUGCGGAAGCUUUUGUUAGAGAGCUUGACUAUGUCAGAAGAAUUUUCCAGAGAAGUGAGGACGCGAGAGGCCGUAAGUUAUUUUGGAAAUGCGAGGAACUCAUCGAAAAGCUGAAAGGUGGAGUUGCAGACCCUAUGGCUUGUAAAGUGAUCUUAUCCUUUUUCCAAGAGCUUGAUGUGGAUCCUUCGAAGAGUCAAGACAAUGACGAAGGUGGUCGGCUCAUAGCUCCACAAGAAGCAUUUAACAAGAUUGCAGAUGUAGUACAAGAAGCCAUCAGAAAAAUGGAAGCAGUAGCAGAGGAGAAGAUGCGGAUGGUUAAGAAAGCACGGUUAGCUCUUGAUGCAUGUGAUCAGGAGCUCAAGGAUAAAGCUCGGGAAGUGACCGCACUAAAAAUGGAGAGGCAGAGGAAGAAGCAACAAAUCGAUGAGCUUGAAAGCAUCGUAAGGCUUAAACAGGCAGAAGCCGAUAUGUUUGACCUAAAGGCCGGUGAAGCUAGACGAGAAGCUGAGAGACUGCAACGAAUUGCACUCGCCAAGACAGAGAAGUCAGAAGAGGACUACGCUAGCAGGUAUUUGAAACAACGAUUAAGCGAGGCUGAAGCAGAGAAGCAGUAUUUAUUUGAGAAGAUAAAGCUUCAGGAAAGUUCACGAACGUCGCAGAGCAGUGCUGGAGGAAGUGACCCUUCCCAGAUGAUGUACAGUAAAAUCCAAGAUUUGAUUAAGAAUAUGUAGAAUGUUGCUUCAAAGGAUGAGGGCUAAUCAAAUGACAUGAACUCUUUUGGUGCUAUUCCAUCGAGUAGUCUUCCCCUAAAAUUUACUAGGCUUUUGGAUGUAUGAAUUGGUUCUAACCUUUUGGUCUUGAUAAUUUUUCUUUUCAUUCCGUGCCUUCUUUUUUAUGAUA